AUGGCUAUGAAAGUGGACGACAUGGAGGACGUCAAGCCCACGGGCUUGUCAAUGUCAAAUGGCCUCGACGGCGCGUCCGCUGCGCAUGCGACCGACUCGUCCAACGCACACGCCCGCCCGACUGUCGCCGACUUGCACGGAGAGAAUCAUUUCGCGCAGGUAGCGAGGAAGAACUGGCUCACUGCCAAGAAGACACCGAAAGUGCGACCCGAAGUGGUCAAGAAAGAGCUAUGGGACGAGCUGGAGAAUGUCGACUUCGCAUACUCGUCGCUUCUGAUUCUGGAGAACCUACAGCUUUUGGAGAGAUAUCUGUGGCCGGGCUUCACCGAAGAUGCAUCGAACUACCACCAUCUGCUGUUGGCGCUUAUGGUUAAUGUCAAGAGGAGGGAGAACCUGGCAUCAUGGGACCACUUUGCUAGCAAGCCCGCCGAAUUCUCCUCCUUCUUCCGCCGCAUACUGUCCAUGACCGUAGACCCGUCGCAGCCGAGUAAGAUCCGCACACAGCUCGUGUCCUUCGUUAUCGGCGCCUUCCAAUCACUCGACAGCGGUCUUGUGCGGAAGGAGUGCGCGCCUCUGGUCGGCAUAUCUAUAUGGCAGAACCUCCACUCGGACGCCGUGCGCGAGCAGUACUUUGAGGAGCACAGCAUGUUGCGCAAGGCAUGGAGGGCCGCAUCCAAGCGAUUCGAUGCUGGCGACGAACCGCUGCAAGCCAGGUUACGGUUCGAGCGAUCGUGGAUCUACACACUGCUACUGGACUUCAUCGACAGACUAUACAACAGCACUAGCAGGGAAGAGGUUAGGGACAACAUGGCUUACUGCGAGCGCUUCAUGGAGCUUUUAGUAGAUCUGCAGAGCCAGCUGCCAACAAGGAGAUAUGUUAACACGCUACUGCAAGACUUGAACAUGCUCCCGGCCAUUCGAUUGUCGCCCAUGUACACGGACGAGGAUAACGGCCUUUUCCGGGACCUUUUCGACUUGCUGAGCCACUUCACCAACUUCCCCAUCGAGGAUCAGACAGGCCGUCAGUUGUCCAAGCUGGAGUACGACCAACAGCAUUACGACACUCUGGCAAAGCUGCAACGGACGGGCUAUGCUGCUUUUCAGGAGAAGCUUCAGUUGAUGGCCCUGGCGAACUACAGCAGCAUCGGAAACCGGGAAGAGCUGGAUGGUCAUCUGCGCACAUUGAGCGACACCGAGCUCGUGGAGCUUUGCUCUCUCAUGGGCCUACGGACAGAGUACCCCGCCUCGACCUACCUGGUGCGCGACCGAGCUUUCUACAUGGAGACCUUGAUUGCGCUUGUAGAAAAGCGACCGACUUUCAAGGAUAAUGUCCGCGAGAUGCCCGUAUUACCAACAGAGAAGGUCCUGUACGAGACUACCUUCCUGCGAAACGAGUCGUAUGAUGGGUCAAGACCGCUCGCUAUACCCAAGCUGAACCUUCAGUACCUGACCAUGGGCGACUUCUUGUGGAGAUCAUUUAUCCUGUAUCGCGCUGAGUCCUUCUACGGUAUCCGGAAGGACAUGGAGGACGUGGUGAAGCGCGUGAAGCCCAAGGGUAAAGGCGUCAACACCAAGUUCGGUGGCGUUUCCAAGAUGUCACUCCCUAUCAUGAAGCCUGCUAUCGUCGACGUAGCACCUUCCAAGGUAGGCGAGCAGCACCCAGCAUACGUUCGUGCCGAGAUCAUAUUGGACGUCAGUCGCCUGCAACACCCGGUUCGAAGGGAUUGGGAACAGCUGAGACCGGAUGAUGUCGUCUUCCUCCUUGCUGUUGAGGGCAAAGACGACGUACCCAUGCGCAAUGGUCACCGCGAAGAUGUCACAACUGGGGAACAGCUUGGCUUGCACCGGAUGAGAUGCGCACAGGUGGUUCAAGUUCUGGACGACAAAGGCCGGCCUCUGCGCGAACAAGGCCGCGAUGACGGCUUUGGACCCCGGGUGCGUCAACGACGACUCCUUGUCAACAUCGACGCGAAGCAGUACCAAGCCGACAUGGACCAAACUGCCGAAGGAAGGCCAGACGUUUACGAGCACAUCAACAUGAUUGUUCGUCGGAGAGGACGGGAAAACAACUUCCUGCCCAUCCUGGAAUCCAUCAAGCGCCUGACCCUCUCAGACAUCCCGGCACCCUCUUGGCUCCAAGAGGUCUUCCUAGGAUAUGGUGAUCCUGCGUCGGCAACGUACAAGCGACUUCCUAACAAACUGAACAAGAUAGAUUUCCGGGAUACCUUCUUGGACUGGCAGCACCUGAUCGAGGCAAUGCCUGGCAAGUCUAUCGAACCCCACGAGGACGCACAGACAUCGUUUGGGCCUCCAUACGUUGUGGAGUACCCUGCUGCAGGUGAACCAAAUAUCGCACCUCCUCGAGCAUCCAAAAAGCGGCGUCGCGACCAGAAAGUGGUUGCACAACCUCUGCAUGAAUCGCUUCACGUAUCCUCGUACAAACCGCCGAACAUGGGACCAUACCCUGCAGAUGCACCUAGGCUGAAUGCGGUCAGAUUUACACCUGCCCAAAUUGAAGCCAUCACCUCGGGCACACAACCUGGUCUCACGGUGGUGCUCGGACCCCCGGGUACCGGCAAGACGGACGUCGCGACCCAAAUUAUAUCCAAUCUAUACCACAACUUCCCGGACCAGCGGACUCUGCUCGUCGCGCACAGUAAUCAGGCGCUUAACCAGCUCUUCCAAAAGAUUACUGCGCUUGACAUCGAUGAGCGUCAUCUUCUGCGUCUGGGUCACGGUGAAGAGGACCUAGAGACUGAUGUCAGUUACAGCAAGCAUGGACGUGUUGAGUCGUUCCUCGAGAGAGGGCAGUACUAUCUGUCUGAAGUCGAUCGGUUGGCGAAGAACUUCAAUGCGCCCGGUGCUCAUGGUAGCUCGUGCGAGACUGCAGAUUACUUCAACCUUGUUUAUGUGAAGCCAGCAUGGACGCAAUACUGGGAUAGUGUUACAACCGAGGACACAAGUGUUGACCAGAUAAUCACUGAGUUCCCAUUCAGAGACUACUUCUCAAACGCACCGCAACCUCUCUUCCCUCAAGCAGCAGAUCGCGAGCAAAUUCUUGAGAUUGCGCAAGGCUGCUACCGCCAUGUCGAGAAGAUCUUCACUGAGCUUGAGGACAUUCGUCCGUUUGAGAUCUUGCGGAACCCGCGGGAUAAGGCAAACUAUCUGCUGAUCAAGGAAGCCCGUAUUGUUGCCAUGACAUCGACACACGCUGCUAUGCGGAGACAAGAGAUUGCUUCAUUAGGCUUCCACUACGACAAUGUCAUCAUGGAAGAAGCCGCUCAGAUCACCGAGAUCGAGAACUUCAUUCCUCUCGCACUGCAAAACCCCAAGGAUGGCGAACUUCCUCUCCAGCGCAUCGUGCUUUGCGGUGACCAUCUCCAAAACUCGCCUGUUAUUCAAAACCUCGCUUUCCGCCAGUACGCCAAUCUGGAGCAAUCUCUCUUCCAACGACUCGUUCGCCUCGGUGUGCCGACUAUCAUGCUCGACCAGCAAGGUCGUGCUCGCCCGUCCAUUGCCGAACUCUACAAGUGGCGCUAUCCCUCUUUAUCGAACCUGCCCUCCGUUCUGGCCAAGCCCGAGUUCCAAAUAGCCAACCCAGGCUUCAAGCACGAGUACCAGUUCAUCGACGUCCAGGACUACAAGGGCAAGGGUGAAGACCAACCCACACCGCACUGGAUGAUCAACCUGGGCGAAGCCGAGUACGCAGUCGCGCUCUUCAUGUACAUGCGUCUCCUGGGUUAUCCAGCAAGCAAGAUAUCCAUCUUGACCACGUAUGCUGGACAGAAGAGUCUGAUCAACGACGUGUUGGGGCACAAGUGCAAGAACAACCCCCUGUUCGGUCGCCCGAAGAUUGUCGCGACGGUGGACAAGUACCAGGGUGAGCAGAAUGACUACAUCAUCCUCUCCCUAGUCCGCACCCGCGCAAUCGGCUACCUCCGCGACAUCCGGCGCCUCACCGUCGCCCUCUCGCGCGCGCGUCUGGGCCUCUACAUCCUCGGCCGCCGCUCCGUCUUCGAAUCCGUCUUCGAGCUCAAACUCGCCUUUGACAUCCUCCUCCAACGCCCCGACAAGCUCACGCUCGUCACCGACGAAAUGUUCGGCGAAACGCAACGACCUGCCGAGCAAACUGCGCCUGUGGAGGGCGAAGCCGAGAUGCAGGAUGUAGAGCAUUUGGGCAAAUAUGUGUAUGAGAUGACCAAGGCGAAGGUCGAGGCUAUGAAAGCGAAUGGAGGGGUUAUGCCCACGAGAGAGGUUACGAUGGGGGAGGCGAAUGGUGGGGCCAAGGAUGAGGAUGAGGAUGAUGAUAGGCCUGAGAAUGUGCUUAUUCCUGAGGAGGUGAAUGAGGAGUUUGAUGAUGAGGAGGAGGAGGAUGCGGUCGUGGUUUAA